AUGGACAUCUAUACAAGGAAUCCGGACAUACACUACGUCAAUCCAGAGGGGGCUCUUAACGCCGGCAUCUGGUCGCUGUAUGCAGGAGCUACUGCCUUUCUUGCCGCGCGAAUUUGGAGUAAAACCACUCGGCGCCAUGGCCUAUGGUACGACGACUAUGUAUUACUGGUUGCUUGGGUGCGUAUACCUUCCCAGGUCAUGGCAACGGGCUGGUAUCUGAUUAGGCUACAGGCAAUUCUCACAGCAAAUGACAUCCUUAUCACAAUUGAAUACGCCACCGGCUACGUUAGCCCCGUCUGGGACGACCGAAUGCACAUUCUCAUCAACAUCACCUCCUGCGGGACUCUACUUGGCCAGUGUCUGACCAAGACCGCGUUUGCGGUCACAUUACUCAAGUUGACAAGAGGCUUCUCGCAUUGGAAGAUCUGCCAUGGUAUACUAUGGUUCUGCAUAACGACCAUGUGUACAUACAAUUUGGUCAAGGUAAGUUUGCAGCGUACUCGACACGUCGUUCGCGUUGCUAUCGACACUGACAAUGCUCAGUGCUUGUUAGAAUGGGCGAGGCUCUGUGACGACCCCACUUAUGAUGUCUGGUAUCGAAUAGACUUUUGUCUACACAACUCUGCUCGUGAUAAGUUCAAAGAAGGAGGCAACUGUGAGUUUCUAAUAGAUGAUACGACGCGCUCUGCAAUGCCUCGACUGACCAGGAUCAGAUUACAACGUUGUCAUGGAUUUCAUCUUCGCCGCAUUCCCGUGGAUCAUCACUUACAGCCUGGACAUGAAGAAGAUGGAAAAGGUCGCGCUCUGUUUCACGAUGAGCUUAGGCAUGGUCGUUGCCAUCUCAACAGCCAUCCGAACCGAAUGGAAAUUCGACGGGAACGGCAGCGAGGACGAAUGGUGGUUCUGGCGCAACGCCAUGUCCAACAUCUGGUACUCUUCCGAGGUCACGGGCACAAUCAUUGUGCAGUGCGUCCCUGUCCUGCGGCCUUUGGUACAGGAUAUACACACGUCGCUACGGUCGAAAAGGUUAGGCUCAACGAUUGAUGAGGUUGCGCUGGAAAAUGCAGAGCCGCAUUGGUAUCAUGCUAGUUAG